GCCGGCAUUAGGAUCAGUCGAAAUAGAGUCGUCGGUGAAUUAAAUCUAGUUUCGCGUGCGGUUAACUAAUAUUAAGUGUAUUCUGCAUUUUGCAAUAAAGAUCAUUUAUCAUUCUGAUAAUAUAGAAGUUAAUUCGUACUCCUGAUAUUCAUUUAAUACAGUCGGAGUUACACCAAUCGGAGCACGUGGUUCAAUUCCAACGGGUAACGGACAUUUUGCUACAGUGCACGCGGUGCUCUGAGUGUUAAAUUAUAGUCGAAACUAGAGCCACAUUUGUCCAGUCGUUUUAUCGUUUGCCGGGUAACUUUCAGUUCAGUGCAGUGAACAUACCGAUUAUAAUAUUCAUAUUUUCACGUGGUAACGUUCAAUUAAGAACACAAAUAUGUCUGAUUCAUAUAUUUUGCCAAACGAGCUAUUAGAAAUAAUUUUCAAUUUCUGUGAUAUAUAUACUUUAUCACAAAUUAGUAUGGUGUGCAGACAAUUUAAUAAGGUGGCAAAGCAUACAUUAAAUAAAAAAAGUAAACAUUUGUUUGUCAGUAUCACGAAUCAGAAAUCGAAAAAAUUUGGUGAACGAUGUAAACCACUAUUAUCUUCAUAUAAUUCUAUGUAUAUUACAUAUUACAACUGGAUAUAUGCAAAAUACAAAACAAGUAAAAUAUAUGAAACAGAAGCAGGACCAAAACAUUGUAGAGUAUAUCAAGUAGGAGGGAAAGUGUAUUUAAAUCAUGAAAGAAGUAAUCAAUGCCUACAAAUGACUAAAAAUACGGUUUGGUUUUGUGAUGAUAGUAAUUUUCUUGCUUAUAAUCGCGCAAAGAACGGUACCAUUAAAAAGCAUCAAAAGAUUGUGAAAGAUAAUUACACUUUUAUUAAAUCUAUUGCUCAUUGCGAUGAUUAUAUUAUAAGUGGUGACGAAGAUGGUAUUAUUAAACGCUGGAAAAUUAAGGAUGAAAAUGAUUUUGAAUGUUUAAAAAUACAUAACGUGGAUGAACCAAUUAAACUCAUAGACGCAACAUCGCAACACAUUAUAACUAGUUCUGAGAAUAUUAUAAGGAUAAUGAAAUAUGACGAUAAAAAUGGUUGUACGGAAGAAAAGAAAAUAUUUUUUGGAUUCGACAUGAAACGACCUAAAUACGAUCCUUCUCAACCAUAUAUUUCUGUGAAAUCAAUCUCAUUUGAUCCUAUAGGAACAAAAUUUGCUGCUGGUUCUUAUUGUCCCAUUAACUAUUGUCAAUUUUUAUCAUCGCUUCUAAUUUACGAUAUUGAAAAAAGUUAUCAGGUAAUGGAUAAAAAAUGUGAAGAAUAUUUUCGCCAACUACUAUGGGAGGAUCCUCACACUAUUCUCAUGUGUUUUGAUGAAUCUAUUAAAAAAAUGGAUCUAAGAACAUCCGAAUUUGUACGUACAUGGGAUUCUUCUAAAUAUGUACAUUCAUUUUGUUGCUCAUCAGAUAAUAUGUACACUUUUAUGACAGGGCAUUUUAAAUGUGUUCUAUGGGAUCAGAGACAGAGUGUUGCCAUUCAAACGUAUGUGGAAAACUUUGACAAGAUUACAGCUAUAGCUUCUCUAGAAUUUGAUAGUGCCCGUAUGUAUGCUGUUACAUGCAUAGGUCUUUAUGAAUUGGACUUCACGGGAAAAGACCACUUUGAUCACAAAGAAAUAAAAAAGAUAUUUGGCAAUUUUUAUUAAAUAAAAGAAAAUUGGUUGAAAAUUUA